GGGGUCACGCGCGGCGUCUCCAGUGCGCGCGCACGGGGGGCGGAGGCCUCGGCUGAGGAGGAGGAGGAGGAGGAGGAGGAGGAGGGGGAGGAAGGCCGCGGUCCCUGGGACCGGACAGAGAGCUCGGAGGACUGGAGGCUGAGGAGGAGGCUCGGGACCUGGGAGGCCGCGGGACGCGGGCGCAGAUGAGCCUCGUGGGCGGCUCCGCCGCGGCCGCCGCAGCAGCAGCUUCUGCGCCUUUGCCCAGCCGCCUCCUGACGAUCGGCGGCCCCUGACCGAGGGUGCCCCGACGCGUGCCGGGCCAUGCCCGUGGGCUCUGCAGCCCCCAUGUCAACAUGAUGAAAACAGAGCCCUCGGGGGAGCGGAGCACCCUGCGGAGCGCCUCUCCACACCGGAAUGCCUACCGCACGGAAUUCCAGGCUCUCAAGAGCGCCUUUGACAAGCCCAAGGCGGAGGGGGACCCCAAGGCCAAAGAGGGUGAGGGCUCUCAGCAGAGCAGGGGCAGGAAGUAUGGCUCCAACGUCAAUAGGAUUAAGAACCUCUUCAUGCAGAUGGGCAUGGAGCCCAGCGAGCCCGCGGCCGCUCCCCCCAAAGCCAGGGCCAAAGGGGGGCCCCCCUCCCCACCCCGGCGGGGGAGGCCCAAAGAGCUGCUGGAGAAGGCAGACGGCUGCGUGCUGAAGCUCGAGUCCUCAGUGUCGGAGCGCAUCAGUAGGUUUGACACCCUGCACGAUGGCCCUUCCUAUUCCAAGUUCUCCGAGACCCGCCGCAUGUUCGAGAGGAACAGCCGGCGCUCCCCACAGUCGGAGCGGCCGGGAGCCGAGGUGCCCGACGACUGGCCCGGUGCCAAGUCCAACAGGGGCAGCACGGACUCCCUGGACAGCCUCAGCUCCCGUCCGGAGGCCGUCUCCCCCACGGUGAGCCAACUCAGUGCUGUUUUUGAGAACUCGGACCCCCUCACUGAGAACCACGAGGAAUACUCGGAGGCUGGCACCGAGGCCCCCAGCCCCCUCAAGGAGCCUGACUCUUGGGGUCCUCCAGACCCCCGAGGGGCUGAGACUGAGAGCACAGGCCAGGUCCUGGAGGAGGCAGGUCCCAGGGCCUUGGAGGUGGGACCCCGGCUGGAGGCUGAGGACCCAGCAGCUCCCCAGCAAGGACGAGGUCCAGGCCCGGGAAAGCCAGAAGGGCCUGCCAAAGCAGCACCUGAUGAGCUGCAGGUACUCCAGGCACCCCCUGCAGAGCUGGAGGCCCCCAAACUCCCUGGGGAUCACCUGGCAGGGCCCGCCCUCAGCUCUGGGGAUGCCCCUGGCAAAGAUGAAGCCCCAGAAGAGGUGAAUGCUGCCCAGAGCUCCCAUGUCUACAUGCACACAGACUACAACGUUUACCGGGUGCGGUCCAGGUAUAAUUCAGACUGGGGAGAGCCAGGCACCGAGCCCGAUGACCAGGAUGACAGCGAUGAAAACCAGGACUAUCAGCCCAGCAGGGACUACCUGGAAAUCAGCGGUUUGCCAGAAGAAGAGGACAUCCCGGCUAAUCGUAAGAUCCAGUUCAGCCGGGCACCCAUCAAGGUUUUCCACACAUACUCCAAUGAAGAUUACGACCGGAGAAAUGAUGAUGUGGACCCGGUGGCGGCAUCUGCGGAGUACGAGCUGGAGAAGCGAGUGGAGAAGCUGGACCUUUUCCCAGUGGAGCUGGAUAAAGAUGAGGAUGGACUGGGCAUCAGCAUCAUCGGCAUGGGUGUGGGGGCUGACGCAGGGCUGGAGAAGCUGGGGAUCUUUGUUAAGACGGUGACCGAUGGCGGUGCAGCCCAGCUGGAUGGUCGGAUCCAGGUCAACGACCAGAUUGUAGAGGUGGACGGCAUCAGCCUGGUGGGAGUCACUCAAAACUUUGCUGCCACGGUCCUCCGGAACACCAAGGGCACUGUCAGGUUUGUGAUUGGGCGAGAAAAGCCAGGACAAGUGAGUGAGGUGGCACAGCUGAUCAGUCAGACUCUGGAGCAGGAGAGGCGGCAGCGGGAGCUCCUGGAGCAGCAUUAUGGCCAGUAUGACGCGGAUGAUGAUGAGACAGGGGAGUAUGCCACCGAUGAGGAGGAUGAAGAAGGGGGGCCCUCCCUACCCGGCAGGGACCUGGCCAUUGAAGUGUUCGAGCUGCCGGAGAAUGAGGAUGUAUUCUCCCCGUCAGAGCUGGACACUGGAAAGCUCAGUCACAAAUUUAAAGAACUGCAGAUCAAGCAUGCUGUCACAGAAGCUGAGAUCCAGAAACUAAAGAACAAGCUCCAGGCUGCGGAAAACGAAAAGGUGCAGUGGGAACUUGAAAAAACCCGACUGCAGCAGAACAUUGAAGAGAACAAAGAAAGGAUGCUGAAACUGGAGAGUUACUGGAUCGAGGCUCAGAGUCUGUGCCACACGGUGAACGAACAUCUCAAGGAGACGCAGAGCCAGUACCAGGCCCUGGAAAAAAAGUACAACAAGGCCAAGAAACUUAUCAAGGACUUCCAGCAAAAAGAACUCGACUUCAUCAGGAAACAGGAAGCGGAGAGAAAGAAGAUUGAGGAGCUGGAGAAGGCACAUCUCGUGGAGGUCCAGGGCCUCCAGGUGCGGAUCCAAGAGCUAGAGGCAGAGGUCUUCAGGCUGAUGAAGCAGGACAGCGCACAAGUCAACAACAACAACAACAUCUUCGAGCGGAGCACGUGCCUGGGGGAGGCCCCCGAAGGAGAGGCGGACAGCCAAGACCUGAACGAAGCUGUGCCAGAGACAGAGCGUCUGGAUUCCAAAGCCCAGAAGACCCGAGCCCAGCUGUCCGUGAAGAACAAACGGCAAAGGCCCUCCCGGAGCAGACUGUAUGAUAGCGUCAGCUCCACUGAUGGGGAGGACAGCAUGGAGCGGAAGACCGGCGCCUUCGGGCAGGCGCAGGCCACGGUCCCCUCUGCCAGCCUUGCCGACCUGCCAAAGGAAGCCCCAUGGCCACCCACGGGCAUACCAUCCACCUUAUCGCUGUUUCGGGGGAAGCACUUUCCUCCACUCUCCUUCAGAGCGUGCUCCUUCCCACCGCUCGGCUGCCACCGAGAAGGCGGCCCCAGGAAAAGGGUCUUCAAAGACAGGCUGCAGAAUGUGGAGCCUGAGCCACCUCCCGGAGUGCAGCCGCCUGCUCGGCCGACUCAUGCUCCCUUCCCAUGGUUUAGUGUCCGCAGAAAAGGACCCCACGGCUCCCGAAACCGGCCAGCACCUGCCAUUGCCCCUGAGCCUCCUCCUGGGCAGCCCAGCUCACAUAAAAAAGGGUCCAAGAAUUUUCCCCUCCCCGACGAUUUCAGCCCCAGCAGCACAAGCUCUGCCGACCUCAGCGGCCUUGGGCCUGACCCCAAAGCUCCAGGCCUUUCGAGAUCCUUGGCCCUGUCGUCAGAUGAGAGCCUGGAUAUGAUCGAUGAUGAGAUCCUCGAUGACGGGCAGUCUCCCAAGCAUAGCCAGGGCCAGGGCCAGAGCCGGGCCAUCCGGGAAUGGGGUGUGCAGCAGGUAGCCCAAUGGCUGCGGAGCCUAAACAUGGAGCAGUAUGUGGCUGAGUUUAAUGCCCAGAGUGUCAGCGGAGAGCAGCUUCUGCAGCUGGACGGCAGUAAGCUCAAGGCCCUUGGGGUGACUUCGUCCCAGGACAGAGCUCUCAUCAAGAAGCAGCUCAAGGACAUGAAGGCGGCCCUGGAGAAGGCCCGCAAAGCCCAGGAGAAAAUGGAGAAGCAGCGGGAGAAGCUGCGGAGGAAGGAGCAACAGCAGCGGAAAGCCCGAAGGGCUGAGCCCACAUCCCCAGAGCCUCCGGAAGGCACCAGUGAGCAGUGAGCCUGGGCUGGGCUGGGGCCACAGGCUGGGUCACCCACCUGGGGCCCCCUCUGCCUGGGGCUUCCUGCAAUAACUAACUGUGUGUGCUCUUCAUCUCCAUCCCUGGGAGGAUCCCAAAGCACCUUGGGUUGUUACCAUGGAGCUCCUCACGUGGAAGAGAAACAGAAAGGACCCUGGGGGUAUGGGAGGGCUCUUCUCCCUGAGGAAGCUCCAGUCAGGGACUCUCCCAGGCUUCCCUCCUGGCCUGGAGCGCCUGAGGACAUGGUAGAGAGCCAGGCAGGGCCUGGGCAGGGCUGGCAUCCUUGGCCUCCUCUCUGGCUGCAGAAAGGGAGAGUCACCCUCUCCAGCUGUCCUCCAAGCCCAAGAGGAAGCCAGAGCCUUAAAGAGGAGCUGGGGACUAUGGUGGGUGGCUCAGGGUGGUCUCCAGGGAGGGGAAGGAGCAAGGCUUCCUGGACAGCCCUGGGCACCAAGAUCCCCCCUCCUGUGCCCCCCUCUCCCCAACUGGCUGGUCAGCUGUGCUGACGGGCACCCCACACUCCCUUAUCCCCAACAGAGACUGAACAGGAAAUUUCUUUUAUCACGAGUCAGGACAACCCAGGAGCAGCCUGGCUGGGUCGUGACUGAGGACUUCUUGUCUUUCUUUUCUACUGGAGAUUUUCCACGGGUUUGGGCUUAGGAAGUGUUUCAAAUCCAGUGCUUUGGAGAGACAUGAAAGUGCCCAGUGUGAGGUGCAGACUAAGGACCCCUCCUCUAACCUGGGGAGGCUGCAGGGGCUGCUUGGCCAACAUGCUGAGGGUCGCCCCUGGGCAAAGAAGAGCAGAGAGAGGCUGAGCCUUGUAGGGCUGGCUCUGGAGGCCUCGAGCUGCGUUGUCAUUCCAGUUGUCCAUGAGCAAGGAGGGGGCUGGGGGGCUGGGAAACUAAAUGUACAUGUUGGGAAAAGUAGGGAAGGGUUUUUGCUGUAUAACCACUGCUUGCUGUGUCUGUGGCUGCUGCGCCGCAUGCUCCCUGAUCGUUGAGAAGGGGACCUGACUGGCUUUUCUGGGAACUUCCCAGAGGCCCCCUGCGGGCCUGUGCCCUCACCUGUCCUGGAUUCUUGCUUUGCUGCUUUAUUGGGGGCUGGAAUUGAGGAAGGGGUUGGCCUUAUCAUCCCUGCAAGUCCUUCUAGGCAGUGUGGGGUCUGAGGCUGCUCCAUGCUGGGCAGAGAUGGGGUGUGUCUGGUCUUCCUGCAGUGAUGAUGAGGUGGCAGAGCCCCAGGAUGUGUGUGUGUGUCUUGUCUGCCACUGUCUUUGGGGUCGGAGGUUGAAACUGCUCUUAGGGCCUGGGGGCACCAGGCCAGGAUCGUGUCCUUCAAGAGGGGACAUGGCCUCUGGAAUGGUGGACCACUUGGGCCCUUUCAAGUCCUAUUUAGGUAAGGAAAAGGAACCUGGGCUGAACUGGUUAUUUCACUGUGAUGCCUGAGCUCUGGAAUGGGACAUGUGAGAGUCAUUGCUUUGUCUUCAGGCACAUUAGUCUGGUAGUGGGAGUGGGCAGGAACUGGCAGCAAAGUGGGUGCCUGAUGUCCCUGUGGUGCUGCCUGGGAAGCCUGUUCAAGGACCAGCAGCCUCUGGCUAGGCAGAGAAUGGGAGGCGGCUGGGCUCCUGAGGAUGUCUCCCCAGCACCAGUUGGGGGUCAGCCACAGCUGAACCAGGAGGACAGUGCCCUGUGAUUUACAGCCCAGAGUAAAAAAUGUAGAGGCUGGAGCCUGUCCGGGUACAGGUGGCCCAUUCUUCAUAGGAAGGCCUCUCCCCCAGAGUCAUGGGAAACUCCAGAGAUUUCUCAGCUUGCAUGGGAAGAGUAUGGAGUGACCUGAGGAGGGGGGAAGCUCAAAGGUUUUAUCAGAAAAGAAUUUGUCACUGUGGAGAAGUGCAUCUCAGUCCCCUCUUGGGUACAGCAUCACAGACGUAGAGUUAAGAGGAACCAUAGAGACCACCAAGUCCAACGCCUCAGAGAAGGAAGCCUCAUCAGGUCCUUCAGAGGCUCCCAGGGCAUCAGCGAGUGGGCGUUUGGGAUAUGAGCUCUGGUCUUAGUGACCCCACGCCCAGUGCCCCAGCCACCUCUCCGGGUUGCUGUUGAGUUGGGACAUUUCUCUCACCGCCACCCCCUGCCCCAUUUCUGAGUUUGGUUCUGUUCCUUCAUUUCCUCUCUGCCAGUCUCAAGAGCACUGCCAUAAGAAUACAGGAUGGGGAUGGAGCCCUUUAAGGGGCUGCUGACAUCCAGCCCCCAUCAACCCCAUUCCCCAAGUAUCACAUGAAGACCUCAUACCCCAUCACAUUGUUUCCCAGGAGGAUUUGAGACCCUUUUACCCAAAACACUGGUGAGAUUUCUUCUUUGUCUGAAGAGACACCUCAGAGCUAGAGAGCAGGAAGGCAAGAGUGAGUGACUGAGCAUGGAAACCACCCCAGGCAGUAUGGCCAAUGUGGGGCUCACUGGCUGGGUACAAGGUGAGGGAUGCUUGGUCCUUAGCUGGAUUGAUGUUUCUUUGAGGGAAUCAUUACAUGGUUUCCACUUCUGCACAGUGAGGAGGCUGGAGCAGAUGGCUAGUCUUGGAAAUCCAUCCUUGUCCCAUGAGCCAGUUAGUACUUACAAUGUCAGUGUGGCACAUCAGAAACAUUGAACUGGGAAUGGGAUAAGGGAAUCUACCUGAUUGCUUACUCAAAGCUCAAAGUGGUGUGCCCUUGGCACAUUCUGUUGCCUGUGAAUCCCUCAUAGGGCUUGUGGUGACAGAAAGGAAAGCAGGCUCCCCUAGGGGUUCACUCAGGAGCCAUGGUCUCCCAAGCUGAGGGUCUCUAGUCACUCUGUGUCUGGACAGGCUGUGGCUCACACUGAGGCACUGAAGGUUAAUGUUGGGGGACUGGGGGUAUAGGAUGACAUCCCAGCUGCCAGACACUACAGGGUCUUCACACUCUCAGCCCAGGAGUGGAGGCAAGUGGAUCUUCUCCUUGGUCUCGCAUAGUCAGUCUCAGGAAAUCAUCUUGGUCUAAAUUCCAUCUGCCUCUGCCCCACUUCGGGGAUGAAGGUCCCAGAAGAACAAGCCCAGUAACAGGGUCCACGUGACCAGGACACUGUUCCAGGAAUGCACACAGCAAGAGUGAUGCCUCGACACAAAGUAUCUUCUGCUAAUCUUGGUGGGGAUAGAGGGGGCACAGUUGCAGGGAUGGGGGGCCCUCUCUGGAGUGAGAGGCAGAGGAGGUGGUGACCGUGGCAGGUGCUGAGACAGUGUUAUGUGGAUGCACAAUGGGUGCACGUUCCUGUGUCCAUCCUGAGCCAAGCAAGGCAGCUGCAAGGACGUCUCUGAUGGCCCCAGUGUCUCAGCAGAAACGUUCAAAGAAGAAACGUUCCAGCACCUUCUGAACACUUGCACAUUUUCAUUAAAACUGGUUUAUGGGGAAUUUGGGCAAAUGGGGAAAGGGCUUCAGAAAUACGUGCUGCCCAGUGGGCAAGAACUCCGUGUGCUUUGUCCAUGUUGCUUCGAGAUGUCCCUCUUGGCUGCUCAGUGCCAGGCCUCCCUCCAGUAGCAGGCAGUGUGGUGGGGAGACGAGGUCCCCUUGGCUGGCAAGGAGGUGAGUGUGUGGUGUGUGUGUGUAUACAUGUGUGUGGCAUGUGCCGCUCAUGGAUGGGUGGAGCUCAUGUGGAUGUGAGUGGUGUGUUUGGUGGGCGAACUUCAUGGGUAUGUGAGUGGGGCGUGUAUGGGGGUGGUGCUCGAGGAGGCACUGUUUCCAUUGUGUGUCUUUCGGAUGUUUUGAUUUGCACACUUGUGUCUUCUGUUGAUCUGUGGAAGAGUUCAGUGUGAGGGGACACGUGGCCACAAAAGGUGAUGCAGGGGCCACAAGGCACUCACUGGAGGUCAGAACCUGGAGCUCUAACCCAGUGCCCAGCUUUGUGUGACGCCCCCCAUCCCCAUCCCCUAUUUAAUGUCAUAACUACUGCUUUUGUACUCUUCAGUGCCCUGGCAAUUCAAUCCCUUGGAGUGACAAGUGCCACAUUUUGCUAACAGAUCAUUGGGCAGCUCAGAAAGAGAGAAAAGAUGAACUGUCCCCCUGUUUUACAAAAAGGUCAUUUUUAUUUUCAUCUUUCUUUAGACUCAUAUUGAAGGAAAAUCAAGUGUUGAAGUAACUUCAAGUAUGUAAGGAUAGCAUGUUAUCCAAAAUUCUUAGUUUGUACAUCUCGAUGUCUGCUCCUUUGCAUGGAAGGGCGCGCGUGCAGUGUCCAGGCCCGUCCUCAUCCUUGGCCCUCCAUCGAGUGAGUGAGCCAUCCCGCGCCCAGCUGUUGGUUUUCUGACCAAUGGAGAAAGCUCCCGGGAUGACAUGUGAUUUCCCGGUGUAAAUAAACCUGCCCUUGAGUAUUAUUGUCACACAACGAAUGAAUGCAAUAAAGAGCAGGCUUGAGAUCUGU